AUGGCAUUGUUUCCUAACUUGCCAGACUAUAUAGCUGGCUUAGCUGUUGGUGCGGUUCCUCGUUCACUGUCCUUUCAACGCUUCGAAACCCAUUUUCAGGUGUUUCUGUCACUAGACAAGUACACAAAAGGCUUCUUUGACACCCCGCCGUCACAAGUAGCGCAACAAGACAAUAAUAAUGCACAAGAUGAAAUCAAUGAAGAAAAAGAAAAAGAACAGAAGCCAGCUAUUGGUGGCAGAUGGUACCGUGCUUUGAGCCUUUGCCAAGAGAUCUCAAUACUGCCUCAAAAGAAAAGGGAUUUCAUUGUUUUGAGCAACCGCGCAAGAGGCAAAGUUAGUAAAAAGGUUUUCAAGCAGGAGGGCAUAAAGGAAAUGAAGGACAUCAUCACCAGGAUCCUCAACGAGAAGGUCUUUACACGGCUAGGAGUCAAUGAGAAAGAGUCUACCCCCAAGGACUUACCUGCACUAUGGAGUGUUUGUCGUGUCUUACGUGGGCUUUCAUCUCAGCUCGGCUAUCCCGAAGACUCUCAGGCUUUGUUGAUGAAACUCUUUCUUGACGAAUUACGGGAGUCGUUCACUCAGAUAACCCAAGGUUCCAACACCGAGAUGGGCCGCGUACUGGAACUUGUCCGGGACAUCCCGCUAGCGGAUCUCAAAGAUAUUGCCGCUAUAAGCUGCCUCUGUUCGGCUAGAGCGCUAUCAAGCAGGCUUGAGGCUCAUGAUCCGGUUGUCUUAGAAGCCUGGGCAGACUACUACCAAUACCAUGACAGGAGCAAAUUGAAGAAAGACGUGUUCCUUGCUCACUACAAGAGAGCUUAUGAAGAAGCAAAAGCUCAGCGCCAGACUGCGGAAGAUAGGCUAUACGAUGAAAGAACACUCCUUAUCCUCAUCCACUACAGCUAUGCCGCUCACUACAUUUGUCACGAAAAGACUUUAGCAGACCAGCUUUCGUCAGAACUCUGGGAUCAGACUGGUGCUUUGCUCGCUGAGAAAGAUCCACCAGAAUUCUGGUCAGUUAAAGUCCAAGGAAUGGCUGAGGCAGCCAAGAUACAAGCUUUGCUUUGCUAUGAAACGCAUGAGGAUAACCACAAAAGCUACGAGGGUCUCCGGAAAAACAUACACAAGUACAAUCUCGCCAACACACAUGCCCAACACCAGUAUCACGAUGAGGUUCUCCAAGAAAGUCAAAAGCGGCAUGGGGUAGUCCGCUUGCCCCCAUAUGACCUGGAGGCCCAAUUUGCAUUUGGAAUACAACAAAUAGUUCAAGGGCUGAUCUUGAGUCCUGACUUAGGCUUUCAACUCUUGGCAGCAGAACUGUGCAACCUCUUCAAGACGUUGAUAGACACCGAAACUUUGACAACGGAAAUAUUGAGAGACUUUACGGACAGCUGGACUCCGUCUUAUCUGCCUGUCGCAAAGAUUUAA